AUGCAGCUGGGUUCUUCUGGUGCCAGCAUGGAAGGACUGAAAAGUGUUCCCGAGACGAGGACGGCGGCUCUUUCCGAGCCGGGUUCUGCGGAGCUUCUGGGAGACGAAUGUUAUGUGGAUUUUUUGCCGGAAGACUUUGACGUGAAGGCAUAUACCUCUCAAUCCAUCCACCAGGCUGUUAUUGCUGAACAAUUAGCAAAGCUUGCUCAAGGGAUCAGCCAGUUGGAUAAAGAGCUCCACUUGCAAGUAGUUGCAAGGCAUGAGGACUUGCUGGCACAAGCAACUGGCAUAGAAUCUUUGGAAGGUGUUCUGGAAAUGAUGCAGACCAGAAUUAGCGCCCUCCAGAGCACCGUUGACAGGAUCAAAGCCAAAAUUAUUGACCCCUACAACAAAAUCGUAUCCCGCACAGCACAGUUAGCAAGGCUUCAGGCUGCUUGUGACCUGCUGAGGAGAAUCAUACGGAUCUUGUACCUCAGCAAAAGACUUCAAGGCCAACUUCAAGGUGGAAGUCGAGAGAUCACCAAAGCUGCUCAGAGUCUCAACGAACUCGAUUACCUUUCUCAAGGAAUAGACCUUUCUGGAAUUGAGGUAAUUGAAAACGAACUGCUUUUUAUUGCAAGAGCUCGACUCGAAGUAGAAAACCAGGCCAAAAGGUUGCUCGAACAAGGAAUAGAAACCCAGAAUCCUACUCAAGAAGGAACUGCUCUUCAAGUUUUCUACAAUCUCGGAACAUUAAAAGUAACAAUCGCUAAUGUGGUGGAGGGAUAUUGCACAGCCUUGGAGGAGAAUGUCAGCAACGCUUUGGAUUUUAAAGUUUUGACUCAGCCCUCUCAAGUAGCUAGAGGUGGUCCCGGUCGAGCAGCUAUGCCCACCCCAGGAAAUACCGCAGCCUUCCGAGCAGCUCUCUGGACCAAUAUGGAGAAAUUGAUGGAUCAGAUCUGUGCGGCUUGUGGACAGGUGCAACAUCUCCAGAAGGUCUUGUCUAAGAAAAGGGAUCCUGUGACCCACGUGUGUUUCAUUGAUGAGUUGGCAAAGGACCAGCCCAAAAUUUACUACGGCUUCUUAUCUACUGUUGCACAAGCUUGCUUUAAUAUCCAAUCUAUCUUUUCGUUUUGUUUUUCAGCUUCCAUGUUUUUGAAACAGGCUUUUGAAGGCGAAUAUCCUAAAUUGCUGCGGCUGUAUAACGAUUUCUGGAAGCGCCUUCAACAAUACAGCGAAAGCAUUCAAAGAAACGUGAUUGCGAACGGCAGCGCCGAGCCCUUAGCCGAAGUUCCCCAAAUAGAGGACGAUAUGCAGGAUCUAUUCAUGCAGAAGAAACAGGAUUAUGACCCAGAGAAAGCGCUGAAAAAUUCUUUGCAACCGUACGAAGCUGCCUACCUAUCGAAGUCACUGUCGCGACUCUUUGAUCCCAUCAACCUGGUGUUUCCUCCCGGAGGUCGCAACCCUCCAUCGGCCGAUGAACUGGACAGCAUCAUUAAAAUCAUUGCAAGUGAGCUGAACGUGGCAGCGGUGGAUGUAAACCUCAGCUUUGCGGUAUCAAAAAACGUGGCCAAGACUAUCCAGUUAUUUGGUGUGAAGUCUGAACAACUUCUGUCCACGCAGGGAGAAGCCAGCCAGGUGAUCGGCCCAUUAACCGAAGGGCAGAGACGAAAUGUGACGGUCGUGAACUCCCUCUACAAGCUGCACCAGUCCAUUCUGAAAGUGAUCUCCAACCAAAGUGGAUUUCCAAGCGCUUCGGAGAAAACCGUUCAUGCUGCUUUGAAGACAAUCCACGGUUUGAUGGGCAACGCUGUGCAACCUUUGCUGGACUCUGUGGGUGACUCCAUAGAAGCUAUUAUCAUGACCAUGCAUCAGGAAGAUUUUUCUGGGUCCCUUCCUCCUUCGGGAAAGCCGGACGUCCCUUGCUCUCUGUACAUGAGGGAGCUGCAGGGGUUCAUCUCCAGGGUCAUGAACGAUUAUUUCAGGCACUUCGAAUGCUACGAUUUCGUCUACGACAGGACCGAGGGCCUUGCUCAGAGGGCCAUUGAGGUCUUCAUCCGCAACGCCAGCCUGCUCCGGCCUCUUGGCGAAGGCGGGAAAAUGAGGCUGGCAGCCGACUUCGCUCAGAUGGAGUUAGCCGUGGCACCCCUUUGCAGACGCGUCUCUGACCUGGGAAAAUCCUACAAACUCUUAAGAUCAUUCAGACCAAUGCUCUUCCAGACAAGCGAGCAUAUCUCCAACAGCCCAGCGGUGGGAGACAUCAUUGCAUACAGCACCGUCAUCCAGUUCUUAUUCACGAGGGCGCCAACCGAAUUGAAGUCCCCUUUCCAGAGAGCAGACUGGACCAUUGCCCGUUACUCGCGGUGGCUAGAUGACCAUCCGGCAGAAAAAGAGCGACUCAUUUUAAUACGGGGGGCCCUGGAAGCUUAUGUUCAAUCGGUAAGAAGCAGAGAAGGGAAAGAAUUUGCCCCCGUCUAUCCCGUCAUGGUGCAGCUUCUGCAGAAGGGACUGAGCUCCCUUCAGUAAAUGUUUUUUUUCUGCAAAACAUCGGAAGUCCCUGAUCAACCCACACGGUAUACUUCUGAGUUCCUCCUACGAGUAGCAUCUCAAACUUGCUCCACAAUCCACAGCCUGUUUUGACUUUCUUCCUCGAAUGCAUUCUGUAUCUCUCACCCUUUUUUCCCAAGAGGUUUUUUAAAAAAUAUUUUAUUGUUUUAAUUGAAAAUCAAUUCGAAAAGGCUUUAUUUCUGCAUUGGUAAAACAAGCUAAUCCUAAAUCGACAAGA